AUGGCAUCCAGGAAAAAGGUCCUGCUGAAGGUCAGUCGAGAUGCACAAGUCGGAAAGACAUCGCUGAUGAACCAAUAUGUCAACAAGCGCUUCUCAUCUUCGUACAAGGCUACCAUUGGUGCUGACUUCUUGACAAGAGAGGUCGUGGUGGAUGAUCGCCUGGUGACAAUGCAGCUUUGGGAUACUGCUGGACAAGAGCGCUUCCAAUCGCUGGGUGUCGCCUUUUACAGAGGAGCAGAUUGCUGUGUUCUGGUGUACGACGUAAACUCUGCCAAGUCGUUCGACACACUGGACUCGUGGAGGGACGAGUUUCUGAUCCAGGCCAGCCCACAUGACCCAGACAACUUCCCCUUUGUUGUGUUGGGAAACAAGAUCGAUGUCGAGGAGAGCAAGAGAAUGGUGUCACAAAAGCGAGCAAUGACGUGGUGCCAGUCCAAGGGCAACCUGCCUUACUUUGAGACGAGCAGCAAGGAGAACAUCAACGUUGAGCAGGCCUUCCAGACAAUUGCCAAGAAUGCCCUUGCGCAAGAGGCGGAGCAGGAGCUGUAUGCCGACUAUCCUGAUCCCAUCAGAAUCGAUGCCGAUGGAGGUCAGAGCGGCUGCAACUGCUAAAGUGGGGACGCGGCUUUCUUGGUCCAGUCGCGUUCGGCUCGACCGUUGUGCGUCCGGGGGGUAUGAGUAUGGCGCUAUUGGCGCAUGCUCUAGCCUCCUCCGCCGUCAGUGGCGUGGCCCCUACCACUUCAGAUGCUCUUGCUGCCCUCCUGUUGAUAUCUGAUGUAUGUUUGGUUCUUUACUCUUGUGCUCAACGUCGUG